CUCCUACGUCACUACCGGCAGAUUUCAGGACGCAAGGAAGAACACAGUGUGCGUCCCUCGAUGAAUGAAACUGAACGGCAAACUUAAUUCAUUCAUUCAACUUUUCGACGAAAACUGAGUGUUUGCCAAGCAUUACAUGUUAGCUUGCUAUAUCAGGUGUGCAUGUUUGUUACUGUAGCUGCCGGAAAUAUUUGCUUGAAAGUGUGUGCACUUGUCUGUGCGCCAGCUGCAGCAGAGUGUGUGUGAGUGUAUAUGUGUGUGUGUGAAGAGCCCUUGUGAGCCAUGUCAGUGUCAGUGAUCAUAAAGUGGGGAGGUCAGGAGUACUCCAUAAGUUCUCUGUCUGAGGAGGACACAGUGAUGGACCUGAAACAGUCCAUUAAGAGCUUGACUGGGGUGCUGCCAGAGAGACAGAAACUACUGGGACUCAAGGUUAAAGGUAAACCUGCAGAAGAUGAGGUGAAACUGGGCUCUCUGAAGCUGAAGCCUAACACUAAAAUCAUGAUGAUGGGUACCAGAGAGGAGAGCCUGGAAGAGGUUUUAGCCCCUCCCCCAGAGAAUGACGAUGUGGUCAAUGAUUUUGACAUCGAGGAGGAGGUCAUUGAAGUCGAGAACAGAGAGGAGAACCUGGCUAAAAUAGCCCGCAGAGUGAAAGACUAUAAGGUGGAGGAGCUGAACCCUCCCAGAGAAGGCAAAAGGCUUCUGGUGCUGGAUGUGGACUACACACUGUUUGAUCACAAGUCAUGUGCAGAAACGGGUCAGGAGCUGAUGAGGCCGUUCCUUCAUGAGUUUCUGACAUCAGCCUACGAGGACUAUGACAUCGUGAUCUGGUCUGCUACAAGUAUGAAGUGGAUUGAUGCCAAAAUGAAGGAGUUGGGAGUGACAGACAACCCUAACUACAAGAUAACGUUCAUGCUGGACAGUGCAGCCAUGAUCACGGUACACACCCCUAAGAGAGGGGUUGUGGAGGUGAAGCCCUUGGGUGUGAUAUGGGGGAAGUAUGAAGAAUUUUACAACAGGAAAAACACCAUUAUGUUUGAUGACAUCGGACGAAACUUCCUCAUGAAUCCACAGAACGGACUAAAGAUCCGCCCCUUCAUGAAGGCCCAUCUGAACAGGGAGAAGGACAGGGAGCUGUAUAAACUGGCUCAGUACCUAAAAGAAAUUGCAAAACUUGAGGAAUUCACUGGACUCAACCACAAACACUGGGAGAGGUACCUAUCUAAGAGGCAGCACCACUGAGGAGGGACUGCAUCCUUGGCAAUAACGUGGGCUGGACGCUACCAUCCCAUCAUCCAGUUCUCACACACAGAUACACAUUAAGUCGGCAAAUUACAAGUCCUUCAUUCCAAACCGUAAUACAUAUCCUACAUUAACCCUGCAGCUACCACUGAAAAGCUCAGGACUGAGAUGGGCUUCCCAAUUUAUGUAUUUGCAUGUUCUCUGUCCCUCCCGAGCCUCUCAUAUUUUUUCCAAGUAUUGUUUCUGUUUACAUUAACAACGGCAGUUACUACCAGUCUAAGUUAUAGAUUGUAUGCCUGUGUGGAGUAAAAAAGAAAAAAACUACACACCACAGGCCACCAUGACCCACAAACUCCUACAUACCUACUUCAGUCAGGUUUGUAAGAUGCAUCAAGUGCACAGUUAAACUGUCUGGAAAUAUUCAAGAUCUUGUAAACCUGCUCGGUUUUCCAGAUGGGUGGGCUUUACAGCAUCUGUACAUUAGCAAGUAAAAACAGAUUAUAAAUAUGCAUACUAAAAUUAAAUUUGAACGUGUUGAGAGUAAUGGUCUAAAUCAAAGAUAAAUCUAAGCCCUUGAGCAUCAUACAGAUGCCUGCAAUCUACACAACUUGACAUGUAAUAAUAUGCAAAUAAUCCUGAAAGGUAAUGUGAGUUUAAACGUUGAUAACAUUGAGACUGGUUGUAGCUAAAAUACUUUCAUCAAAACAAUUGACUGUCGUGCAUGUUUUGAUGGUAAACUUCCGUUAUUUGUUGUUACUUGUAUGCAGGGGUCACUGGACACAGGCCAGUGGGUCGGAGGAUGUUGCACAUUUACAUACUGUACGCACAUAGAUGGUCAGGUUUGGGUGUGUGUGCAAAUUUGCAGAGAAAUGUAUUUGUGUUUUUCUGUGCAUUGAAUUGUUACAUUUACCGCACACACACUCAAGACACGUGGACGCACACACUCAAGACACGUGUAGGAUUACUUGGGUUUUUUGUUUUUUUAUAUGGAACUCAAUAGAUUCUGUAGUUUUGUUAAAUUCAAAUUUUAAUGAACAAAGUGAUGAUGAUGGAUAAUGACGGUAUUGCAAGAAACUGACAGAACAACAUGUGUAUUUUAUGUUUUUUUUUUGGUAGCUCCUGAAACUAAUGUGUCUGCACUUAUUGUCAAUGUUUAUUUUAAGUUAUGGAUGAAGAAGGGGAAGUGUUGGGGGAAGGGGAAGGUGGUGAACACCAAGUAGCACCUGAAGCUCUUAGAAAUAUCAGGGAUGUGAUUUCUCAGAUUUUGUCAGGUUUACAGCUCUCUUAGAAUUUCAAGUCCUUUUCAUUUCUUGAGACCUGCCUGUUUGUGUUUUCCUCAUCACAUCCCUGACAUCCUGGCUGUAAAUACGACAAUAAACCUUUUUUUGUACCUAAA